AUGGGUGAAUUCGCAAUCUGGUUAGCCAAAAAGGAACAGCUAGAAGAGCAGAGGGUGAAACAGAAAAGCAUAAUAGACCUCAAUAAGGCGGCGAUUGUCGAACUUGAGACCCAUAUGUCAGACGACCGGGUAGAGGUGACUGCAAAGUCGGUGUACAUUGCAGAAAUUGAGCUACGAAAUCAUGAGUCCACCGAGAUGCAGGCUUCGGUUGCGGGCAUUGACAACACUCUUAAGAUUAUGCAUGACGAAAGAAACAAGGAAGUGGAGCGGUUUGACGAUGCCGAUAAAUGGGAGCGUUUCGAACUGUACAAUAAUGCUAUCAAGGAGAAGAUCUCCUGCAUGGAGCGUGACAAACGGCUCAUGGAGCGGUUGGAAUGCGAGAUACAGCGGUUGCACGUGGAUCACCUUCGUGCAGUCUGUCCCUUUUCUGAAUGA